GCACCUCGUUCCGCCAAACCGCCACGGCUCUUGACGACUCGACAGACAACGGCAGCGAUGUCGGUGAUAGGCACCUUCAGCAGCGACCCGACAUAACAACGCGCACUUGGGGGACGGCCUCGAAUAUCCAGCCGGUGGCACGAUGGGUCAGCGCGAUGCAGCCUCGAACAUGGCCAAGGCAUACAGCGUCUUCGUGCGGCUGGUGCUGCCGCCGUACACGAUCCACUUCAAGUCGACGGGCUAUAUGAAAGAUGUGACAUUGGAGAUGCUGGACAAGAAGGUGUGCAAAGAGAUGCUGCGGAGAACCGCCAAUGAUGCGAUGGCAAGAGAGGCCAUUGGACUUGAUGCCAAAUUCUGGGAGGACCUCUGCACAUUGCUCAAGGCGGCGAUUCCGAGCCUCGAACGGAGGAGCUUCACCAUCUGGGAUCCCAGCAGUGUCGAUUAUGAAAGCACAAGUGGAGCACUGAUUGCUUCCCACUAUCCGGCCUUGUGGAAGGACCUCGAGCGUCUCAAUGAUCUGGUAUCGAUCAGUCGGAACGUGCUGACAGUGGGAGAUCGUGUGCAAGAUCUUGCCGCUUCGUUCAGCAUCGAUGCCGAGAUAUUCCGCUUGAUCAAUUGCUGUGUCCGGGUGACAGCUCGAGGCUACGAUGGCGAUGCAGGCACUGGAGACGAGGACAAAUGGCAAUGGAUCGUGAAUGCAUACAAAAAGCUCCUUAUCACCAGCCUGCAAUUCCUGAACAAUCUCGUAGCACAGAACGAGAGGCGAAAGCUCAUGCUGUGGGUAUCUCUGUUCGAUAAUACCACGGAAUCGACGCUCGCUCCCGAGGAUGUGCCCGAGACCUCCUCUGCUAGCUUGACCGACGUACCUUCGAAUCCCACGUCGAGGCCGCCACAUCCGCUCAGUAGUGAGGACUUUUUGAUCGCGUAUGGCACCAAUGGGGUGGAAGAAGUGUGCGCAGAUGGCGCACAGCCGCUAUGGGACAACACUCCAUUCUCAGAUUACCCAUUACCGCAAGAAGCUUUGGAAGGCAGAGAAAAGCUGCGUAAUCGAGAGCGAUUCGACGGCAAUGGCUAUGCAAUGUUUGUGAAACGCUUGAAAGACCUGCAGGUGGAAGAUUACCAAAUGGAACGAAAGCGCAAACCAAAUUAUGCCGAAGCCCAUCUGGAAUUCCCAAGACGAUGGGCCGAGUUGUCUGACGAGGACCACGAGUACUGGCAAAGCUUGUUUGAUGAUGCCAUGGCGAAGUAUCGCCAGGACCUCGCCGUGUACGAAGCCAAAAUGAUAGCGGUGACGGAGACUCAACCUGUGCUGCGGAGUGACGUACCCGUCGCUGAGCAAACGCGGCAGGUUGAACGUAAGAUUGCGAUGCUGGAGGAGCAGCUGGCUGAGAAGUACAGGUCAGAAAAUGCAGAUGUCGCGCCCCUUGAGCCUCCAGUAUACGGCCAGGAUGGACAUCUGACUUUCGACAACGAGAGCCUGAAGUCUCGGCCUGUAGUCCCCGAUGACAUGCGAAUGCUCUUUACUGCUGACGCUGGAACGAAGAUACUGGAAUCGGGCAAGGCGGAGUUGAUGAAAAGACUUGAGGGCUACGACACGGGGUCUAAUGCGCAUCUCAUCUCUCCAAUGUCUCCGAAGAGCGAGCCAGCAGAGGCCAUUCCACUCGAACUAUCUGGGAUUGAUCCAGCAUCCCAGAGCACGUCUCCAAACACCUCUGCAGUCGCACAUUCGUCGCAACCACAAAACACAAGCGCAGUACUAGGCGAGGAAGAACCCGCAGAUGAAGUGUUCGACGAAAGCGCAGGGGACGACGAGGGAGAAGAAGAAGAAAGCCAGGAAGCAGAGGACGAAGAGGAAGAGGACUACCCAGGAUCGACGGAAGACGGCCGUGGGCUGCUGACUGACGUACCUCUCAUUCUAGGUCCUUCGGAGAUUGAAGUCCUCCCAAUGCUCAUUAUGAGCGGCAUAGUUCCGCCGACCAAUCUACCUGCGGCAUUGAGCGACGACGAACGCAAUGCAUUGAUGAAUAUGCACACUGUGCGAACACAUCUACUGCUGUCGCAAAGCAACGGGCGCAACCUCCUUCGCGAAUUGCUCAUCUUUGUCGCCGCUUGGGAUCUGCGAGAAGAAGAGUUGUACUUCAAAUUCAUGGUAAAAAUCAUGGAAGCAAUACUGAAAAACGGCCUGAUGCCGUACGCAUAUCAUGCGUUCAGAGACCGUUCACGAUCGAAGGAUAUCAUAAGUCCUGCUCAAGCUGUCAUCAUGAAACUUUUGACGUGCAUAUUCCGCGCCAGAAGCGACGCCGCCAAACAUGCGGUGUCCGCCAACAAUCACACCAAAGCCGGCCCUUCUGCUGGGCAUACGUUGGCACAUGCUGUGGUACCCUCGCGGGAAAGGGCAUCGUUUCCACCAAACAUGCCUUCAAGGGUCGAUCUGCAUAUCCUCAAUUUCAUAUUUACGGAGUUCCGGCAGCACAUCAUUCCACAGACUUGUGCGCUCAUAUUCUUGCAGGGACAGAUCCAUGCUGGGCGGGCUAGUCCAGAGGACUUCCCUUUGAAUUUGUGGGACAUGGAACGCAUGUACGAAGGCGUGUAUCAGUAUCUGGAAUUCUUCGCUGUGCUUACCGAAGAAGGCGUGUGGAAAGGCAUUCUUGGCGAGUGGGAAAUGGCGAGCGAGCUCGUGACGCUCCUGAGAGAGCUUGAGGGCGGCAUCCCCAAGAUGGGGUCGGUCAUCCCGCAAAUACCACGCCGAGUGUCAAGUCAUCCUCCGCAAAGGGCGAUGUCAGUCGACGCGGGUACCACGCAUCAUGCCUCGAGGGCGACUGCACAAGCGGCUACCAAUGCAAUACAGCACCCCAUUCCAGCGCCCGUAGCAGUGGAACGGCCAUUCGAUGUCACUGCACCAGAUCCGACACUGCCACCGUUGCCUGUACACCCUCCGACCAACGGUACAGGGCCGGUAUUCGAAUCAGAGACGCCCCUAGCAUAUCCAGAAGACAAUUUGCCAUCGCUCGCGCAGGACCUGCAGCACGACCAAGAUGAGCCCAGCGACUUCGAGUGGCGCAAUUUGAAGAAGCUCACUGUGCUCGUGUUAUCGUCACUCAUUUGGAAGAACAGGACUGUUCAAGAUCAAGUGCGCAAAUAUGGUGGCUUGGAAGCUCUGGUUGGCUGCUGUAGGGCUGAUGAGCACAACCCAUACAUCAGAGAACAUGCUAUCAUGUGUCUCCGCUUCGCGGUUGAAGGCUGCGAGGAGAACUCCCGUGUCAUCAAGCAGAUGGCUGCCUCGCAUCCAGCUAAGAGUCUAGAAGGGGGCCGUGUCACUGCUGGAGCGAAGGAGGCGGUCCCGAGCGAGAUCCUGGACGAGAACAACAAUGGAGUGUAUGAGACGUUUCAAGACGGAAAGGGACAGAUUGGACUUCGUCGAAAAGAAAGCGCGACCCAGUCGACGGCCCACGCGCCUACCGUUGGCUCGUCAAGUGCCGUCCCCAACCCUGCCAGUACAGGAGCGCAAAAACCCCGUUUGAGCUCUACCAAAUUGACCGCAGAACGAGCAGCAGAACUCAUGAGCAGUGCGUUGAGUAGUUUGCCUCUGGGGGAUAGACUUGUCACCGACAAGCAAAAAGCCGAUGCACUCGCAAAGCUCGAUCGCGCAUUCGAGAGCACGGAACGUGUUCUUGGAAGGGGGAAGAGAGGAUGAAAGGCAACAGUGAUGUUUUCAAUGAUCACAUCCAACAUUUUGAGAUGCAAAGAGCGCAAAGAGGUUCGCUGAACUAAUGGACGCCACGUUCGUAUGGCCGGAAACCUGUCCAGAACGGAGUCCAUCAGGACCAAGGGCUGGCAGCACCUUCGACCCAACAGUCGUUAAGCCUGAGCCGCGGUUUUGGGGGUCGACUCGGUUACAACUGCGAUCGAUCACCAUUCCUUCACCCACGCCUGCCAUGACGAGAUGACGAAUGGAUGAUCCUGGCGAACGGUACGGAUAGGCCUCUACACAGCGUUGUAGCAACAUUGCACUGCGUGGCCUGAAAGGUGAAGACGCGAACGUACCACUGCGCUUGAGAGGAGAGAGAGUAGGUCGGUGUCGUCGGAAACUGCCUCAGCUAGUGAAGAUGCUCAUGCAUGCCAACGCUACGUUCGCACUUUCUCCAACGCAGCCAUCAUCCACCAAUACGACUUACAUAUAGGUGAACACCUUAGCAUAGCCCAGAGAUACCAAGGC